AUGCAAUGGGAACUACACCAUAGGUCUCAAAUCGACAAAUUAGCAAUACGAGGGAUUAGAAGUUUCGACAACCAGUCGAUAGCGGUCAUCCAGUUUUAUUCUCCUUUAACUGUCAUCGUUGGCCACAAUGGGAGCGGGAAAACGACUAUAAUUGAAAGUUUGAAAUACAUCACCACCGGGGAUUUGCCGCCAAAUACCAAAGGUGGUGCAUUCGUACACGAUCCCUCGAUUGCGGGUGAAUCAGUGGUGAUGGCUGAAGUCUUGCUAAGGUUCAAGAACCUGGCGGGUGCCAAGUUGAUCGCAAGUAGAAGGCUGCAGGUGUCCAAGAAGAAAAAUACUGCACUUACGAUGAAAACACUCGAAGGCACCCUGUCUUACAAUGAUGAUAGUUCAGCUCCCAACUCCAAGAGAAGGACCAUUUCGACCAAAUGCGCAGAGAUGGACUCCGAAGUGCCGCGACAUCUAGGUAUCUCGAAAGCUAUCUUAGAAAACGUCAUAUUUUGUCAUCAAGAGGAGAGUAAUUGGCCGCUCUCCGAACCGGCAAGUUUGAAAAAAAAAUUUGACGAGAUUUUCGAAGCUACGAAGUAUACCAAGGCCCUCGAUAAUAUCAAGUCAAUCAAAAAGGACGCAGCCAUUGAGUUGAAAGUGGACAAAGAAAAAUAUGCCGCUCUGGUAGUUGACAAGAAUCGCGCCGAAAAACUCCAAAGCACUAUCGAUAAACUGGCUUCCAACAUUUCAGCCAAAAAAGAGCAGUACCGGGAACUAGAAGCCAAGGUCAAAGACCUGAGUGAAUCGAACAAAACUUUCUAUGCCCAAGCUGCUCGCUACCACCAGGUUGUCAAUGACCAUUCUACACUUUCCGAGCAAAAAGCGAAUAAAGCCAAAAUUGCCGCAGACCUUAAAGAAGAUAUGGUGGAAAUGCCUGAUGCAACCUUAUCACAAUUGCAUGAAGAGCGGGAACGAUCCAGAAGCAGUCUUUCCAAUCAUGCGGAACGUCUAGCACGUACCAACGCGGAAUUAGCGACAGUCGAAGGCGAACUGACCAAACUGCGUCGCCAGCACCAAAGCAAGCUCACUGAAUUAGGUCAACUCAAAGCCCAAGCCGAAAGAAAGUUGGCUGCGCUGGAAGAGCGACAGAAAAUUAUAAUCGCCGUCAGCUCAACGCACAACAUAGCCGAAUUCCGACCGCAAACAAUGGAGGAAAGUAGGGUUACCGAGUUUUCCAACUUGUUGAGAGAUCGCCAAAAGGUCGUUGUCGCCAAGCUUCAGAGCGCCAAGGCCGCAGGUAAAAAAACCGAGGAAGCAAAACAGACGGAAAUAUAUGACCUGAAGAGUCAAAAAGCAUCUGCUCAACAGCAAAAGCAAGCUACUUCCGAUCGCAUAAGUGAAACCAGAGGGAAAGCUCGGAGCUUAGAUGAUCAGAUUGAAGGUAUUAAAGUGACUGAAGUUGACAUCAAAUAUCAGACAGCUGAACUCGAAGCUAAACAAGAGAGUUUGACCAAACUCAAUGAGCAAAAUGCGAACAUCGCUCACGAUCAGAAGAUUAAAGCCAAGCAGGAAGUAAUUAAACAGCUGGAGGACAAACGAGAGAAACUUCACACUGAACUAGUCGGACUAAAUCGUGAAUCCGAUACACGGGCCAAGCUGGCGUUGAAACGUGCGGAUGUCACGAAGAAGCAGCAGGGGAUCGAGGUUUUGAUUGAGACACGCGGCACAAAGUUUCGGGAAUUAGUGAAGAUGGAGUUCGCACCAAAGACUGCCGAAAAGGAAAUCAUCGGGGUUCUCCGUCAAGCAGAACGGAAUCUGUCAGAUGCCAUGCAAAGUUGGACGAACGUGACUAAGGAAAUGCAAACAAUCGACACCAAAUUGCAAAUGAGCAAGUCCAAGUUAGCGUCAACUACGCAGGAGCUAGCGACUCUUGAAAAAAAGAUCUACCGCGUGGCGAGGGGCUCGACGGUCUCCUCAUUGAUUGAAGACGCAGAAGACUCCAUUUCAGAAUUACAAAAGGAUAUAGUUUCUGCAGAUUUUGUCGCCGCAUUCCAUGAGAGCCUACUCAGCAAGGGCAGAGAAAGCAAGAAGUGCGGAGCUUGUAUGCGAAUAUUCAACAGUGAUGACGAAAUGGCCGCUUUCGAGCGCUAUUGUAAAAACACGCUGGACAAUAUCCCUAAUCAGAAAAUCAAAAACGAGAAAGAACUAAAGCACUGUAAAACUGAGUUGGAACGUAUCAAGACGGCCGUGCCUUGGGAGAUAUCUGCGGACAAGCUUCGGGUUAUUGAUAUCCCAAACUUAGAAAGAGACAUAAGCCCCCUCGAAUCACAAUUCGACGCCUCUAACCGUAAGGCUGAAGAAGCGAAGGUCGAGGUAGAAAAACUAAAAGAUAUAAUCAGUGAAUUAGAAAUAUGCAAGCGCUCUGCCAUUGAUGCAGGUAGAAUGUCUGAAGAGAUUGAUGAACUCGAAAACGAAAUCAAGCACCUUGAAAGAGAUUUGGAAAGCUCUGGAACUACACGCACAGCGGAUCAGGUUCAAGAACAGCUGGAUGAUCUGCAGUUGGACCUUGCGGAAUCGAAGAGAGAGUUCGAGUCAUUGAUUACUGAACGCGACCGAAAACGGGCGACGAUACGCAACCUGGAAAGUGAAAUUCACCAGUUAGAAUUAAGCUUGAACAAAAAACGACAACAAAAGAAAGAAAGAGAUGUGUUCGAAGCUCAGAAAGAGGGCCUGAAAAAGGAAAUCGUUAAUCUUGAAGAGAAGUUGGAAACAACUGAAGAAAAAUUGAAGACGUACGCUGGACCUUUGCGAGCUAGGGAGGUGGAAUUGGAAGAGAUACGUGCGGAAAAUGUGGCUACCGAGGCUGAACAGGCAAAUGAAUUGCAAAGUUACAACAAAAGUCUGAGUCAAUUAGAAACUAUCAAUGGUGAAAUCCAAAGAUUUAACAAAAUGGAUAUCGCUGCCAAUUCCGAACGCUGUCAAAACGACAUUCAAAAACUUAACGAAAAAAUGAAAACGAGCGCCCAACAGAUAUCUGAAUUACAGAGUAAAUUAAAUGAUCUGGAUAAGGAGCAAGACCAAGCGAAAGCGACCGAGAGGAACAUAACUGAUAACAUUCGCUACCGAAACUACAAACUUGAGAUUCAACAAUUGGAAGAGAAGAUAAGUGCAAUAGAUGUUGGAAGGGCUAAGGAAGCUUGUCAAAAAUACGAUGCCGAGUAUGACAAAGCGGAAAAGUUGUUGGCCGAUCUCAAGGCUGAACAAGCUAAGCUGGGUGGUGAAAUCGGGAUGGAUAAAAAUAAUCUGCAAGACAAAAUGGACGAACGGGAAUCUGACUUUAAGGAUAUAACCAAACGACAUCGGGCCCAGCUAGUCAAAGUUAAGACUGUCGAAAUCGCAAAUCAAGAUUUAGAUAAAUAUGCUAAAGCUCUUGAUCAAGCGAUUAUGAAAUAUCACUCUCACAAAAUGGCCGAAAUAAACGAUACAAUUCAAACAUUAUGGAACAAGACCUAUCAGGGAACAGACAUUGACAACAUUUCUAUCAAAUCUGAAAAUGAAAACGCCAAGAGUAACCGAUCUUAUAACUACCGAGUAGUAAUGAUGAAAGAUCAAGUCGAAAUGGACAUGAGGGGUCGUUGUUCCGCCGGCCAAAAAGUCUUAGCAUCGAUCAUUAUCAGAUUAGCAUUGGCGGAAUCAUUCGGUACGAAUUGUGGUAUUCUUGCCCUCGAUGAACCGACCACCAAUCUGGAUAAGGAUAACAUUGACGCCUUAGCCGAUUCCUUAGCUGAAAUCAUCAGGGAAAGAAGGGACCAGGCGAAUUUUCAAUUGGUCGUGAUUACUCACGACGAAGAUUUCCUGAACAGAUUAGGCCAGGCUGAUGUUUUGGACAAGUAUUGGCGUGUCAGUCGAAACCAAGCGCAAAAAUCGAUCAUUGAACGACAACGGAUGAUUUAA